AACUGAGAGAAACUAAAUGAACUUUAGACCUAAUGAGCUCGUCUGUCAUUUCCCGUGCAGACAUGGAGAGGAUCACAACAAGUGUGCUCCUGUUGUGCCUCAUCAGCUUGACUCGUGCAAACAGAGCUCCUGAUAUUACACAAGUUAUCUACACAGUGUGUGAAGACACACCAAAAGAUCGUCCAGCAUUUACUAUUAAGGCCACUGAUGUGGACAAUGACCCACUAACUUUUGACAUUAAUGGGAUCAAUGCUAACUUCUUCGAAGUGGAUGCUGACACUGGGGUUGUGUCCGUAAAAACGAUUCUGGAUCGAGAGAGCAAUAAUUUACUGGAAUUAGAUGCUAUUGUCUCUGAUGGCACAAAUCCUACUUCAGAACGGUUGUUCAUAAUUUUAGAUGAUGCCAAUGACAACCGGCCGAUAUUUAAUUCGUCAUCAUAUGACUUUUCAUUUCCAGAGAAUACAGCGGUUGGUACAUCGCUGUUUCGGGUAUAUGCCGCUGAUGGUGACACUGGAGACGCUGGUGUUGUUAGAUACAACAUUGAUGACGUGAUUCCAAGUGUUAAUUCGAGUUUCUUCAGUAUCAGUCCCACAACUGGUGAAGUCAGACUGAUUAAGUCUCUGAAUCACACCCAGAACACUUUCUUUCGGCUGAAGAUCAAUGCCACUGAUAAUGGAGGCAGUUGUUUUUUUAACGAAACAGUGUUCAACUCAAAUGCGGUCUUUUCCAUCAUCACGGUUUUGGAUGUCCCAGACCUUGACCCAGUGUUUGUCGGCCUUCCCUACACGGCUAGAAUUGAGGAGAAUUCACCCCAGAACACGUUUGUAUUCAAAGUGACAGCCGUGGACCAGGACACUGGAGUCAAUGAUCCUAUAAUCUAUAGCAUUGAAGAUUCCACUGAAGAUGGUCUGUUUAAUAUUUCGGAAUCUGAUGGAGUCAUUUCUGUACAGAAAGAAUUUGACAGAGAAUUACAACAAGAAUUUGACAUUCUUGAUGUUGUAACACUGACAGUCAAGGCUACUGAAUCAAACCCAAACAUCCAUGGAGUCCAGGCCAGCACUACAGUGAUUGUAACCAUAAACAUCGUCGACGUGAAUGACGAAACGCCAAAGUUUUACAAGUGUGGAGGUGGGGGAUGUGUGGAGGCAACUGAGUUCACUGGACAGGUGGUUGAACACCAGUUGGGGUCUGUUCCCAUCAACAUGACAGUCAUCGAUCGUGAUCAGUGGGUCAACACUAAGCUAACUCUGGAGGGAGAACACAAGGACUCGUUCUCUGUGGAACCUCAAGAGAGCCAGCUGUCAGAAAACGUUGUUCAGCUCAUCAUCAGGAACUCCCAAAACCUGGAUUAUGAAAUAAUGCAACAAACGGUUCUGCAGGUGAUUGCUACAGAUGGAGAAAAUACCAGCUUCCGCUCUACUGCUACAGUGACUAUAAACAUACUGGAUGCCAAUGAUAAUAGUCCCAGUUUUCCAAACGACACAUAUACGUUUGAUGUGCCUGAGCAUUCUGAAGAUGGUACAACGGUGACCACGCUUACUGCAACUGACCCUGAUACAAUGGAUGCGGGGAAGAUCACCUACAGACUGCUCCCAGCUACCAUACUCUCCAUUUUUGAUGUCGAGCCUCAUACGGGCAGAAUCUAUGUGAAAAGUAAGGCUCUUUUGGAUCGGGAGAUCAGAUCUACGCACUCGAUGACCCUGGAGGCGAGAGACACGGCCAAUCAGAUCGGCACCGCAGUUCUGGAGAUCACUGUGACUGACAUCAACGACCAGUCUCCGGUCAUGAACAGAGAGUCUUACACGGAGUUUGUAAGAGAGGGGGAGCAAGUUAAUGUUAGGAUAGAGGCGAUGGAUUCAGAUGAGCCCGGCACACCAAACAGCGAAAUCGUGUACGCUAUCGUCCCAAGCGCAUACAGUGAAAACUUUACCAUCAAUGCCAGCACCGGAGAAUUGAGGAACAGCGGUGAACUCGAUCGUGAAGCCCUGGAUUCAAGCCUAGAAGGGAGGAUUGAGCUCAACGUGACAGCUACUGACCGUGGUGUUCCCCAAAGAUCCACCUCUGUCAUAGUGACCAUCAUUGUGGAGGAUGUCAACGACAACUCACCACGAUUUGAAGACCACUCUUACAAUUUCACCGUUAGAGAAGGAGACAAAGGAGCAUUUGUGGGUUUAGUGUUCGCUCAGGACAUGGACCAAUCCACCGUCUUCAACCGUGUGUCGUUCAGCAUCGUUGACGGGGGGUCAGCAAGCUUCAUGAUUCGAACCUCUGAGAAGAACGGAGUUUACAUCGGAAACAUCACGGUUGACCCCACCGUUGAGCUGGACUACGAAAAUGAACAGAAACGGUUCACGCUGUUGAUCGAGGCGGCAGAUUUGGACCAGCGGAAAGCACAAGUGACAGUGGAGGUGGAUGUGGUGGAUGUGAAUGACGAGAGGCCCGAGUUUCUGCCAUCGAGCCCCGUCCCAGUGAAGGAGAACACCGCCACCGCCACCUCUGUCGGCAGUUUCGCAGCACGCGACAGAGACGGGAACCACUCGCUGGUCUUUGAGUUGGAAUCAGUCCGAUGCAGGUGCAACAGCUCCAUGACGACCUGCAGCUGGUUCGACAUCGAUCCAACCGGCGAGGUCAGAGUCCGGCCAGGCCAGACGAUCGAUUACGAGCAGUGUGAUCAGGCGGUGGUGACUGCUCAGGUGGUGGACGAGUACACAGAGAAAGGGGAGAACAACAGUGUGACGCCAGGAGAAAUGGUGAUCAACAUUGAGGACGUCAAUGACAAUGCUCCUCAGUUCAUUUUGUCAGACGCUGUGUUUGUUGUGGUGUCAGAAGGGGCCAAUAAAGGGACAUCCGUCGCUAGAGUCACCGCGGUGGAUCUCGACUCAGGAGUGAACAGGCAGAUGGAGUUCACAGUGACAGGCGUCCAGUUUGAAGACCUAAACGAUCAGGUGACGACCAUGAGGUUGGUGUUUGAGGUCGUGACCACCCAGCAACAAGACACUUACGUCGGGAUCAUCCAGAAUACUGAAGGGCUUGAUUUGACCCUGAAAGGAAAGUAUUUGGUAAACGUAACUGCAACUGAUACCGGAGGCCUCUCCUCCGCCACCACACUGGGCAUUUUCACAGUUGAUGAAUCUUACCGUGUGGAACUGGAAUUCACAUCUACUGGGGAGGAGUUUGACCAAAAGCUGAAUGAGAUUCGAAGGGCGCUCGUGGAUGCCACCGGGACUUCCGUUGAAAUUGUUGCGACAAGGGGCGGCACUAACGAAGCAACCAGGGUUUUAGGCAACACAGUCGUCGUGGCUUAUUUUGUCUUCCCCAAUGGGACGGCCCUCACCGCUGACGAAGUGGAAAGGAUGCUCUCUGAUCCGAACCAUUAUCCUCGCCUGUCCACCCUCGGCCUCAGAUACAUUGGACAGUCUCCCGGUCCUGAGGCUGAGGCGAACCCUGUGCAGUACAUCCUGCUGGGGAUCGUUGGAGGCCUCAUCAUUAUUCUUAUUGUCCUCACCACAUCACUGCUCUGCACUCGCAGGAAUUACAGGAGGAAGCUGAAGGCUGCGAAUGCCAUGAAAUCCGCCUCCAUGAUGAAUUCUGACAACCUGAAAAGCGGUGCCAUGGUGCCUGGGACCAACAAGUACACCCAGGAGGGCGCGAACCCGGUUCUCAACCUCAACAUCGAGUCAUCCAUCGCCCUCGACCUGGACGAUGAGAGUCUAGACGUGGAUAAAGUCAGCCUGAACUCCCUGGACGAUGACAUGACCUUUCCUGAAAAGGGCACAAAAAUCAACGAGCUGAUGAUCGAGGAAGCGGAAGAGGACGAUUACAACCCCCCAAAGUACACUGAGCCCCUCGGACAAGCGCUGGCACAGCGGGGCCAGAGGAAAAACCCUGACACUUCCCUCAAGGGUAUCACCAACCCGAUAUUUAACACGUCAGACCUGUGAUGAAAACAAUGAUGGGAGAGAGAGAUGCAUACCAAAUCAAAGCUAAUCAACGCUGUUGGAUUAAAGAACAUCUUCUCUUUAUGUAGCCUUUUGUUGUGACCAUUAGUCUUGGAUCAUACAGAAGACAAGAUUCACAUUUAUUAAAGUGGUAAGUGACUUCAUCAAAACAUUUAUUUCAAGAAAGAAAAAAAAGAAAACAACACAGACAAAGCCAAAUAUUGGAGAUUUCUCUCCAUGAAUAAAGUAUACUGAUACUGUCACAUUUGGACCAUAGAUCUGGAUUUAUUUUGCUCGUCUAAAAGUCAAGAGAAUUGUCGAAGGGACAACAGUUUCAAAAAGAUCAGUUUUCAUCUCUUUUGGCUGCUUGCCUUCUGGGUGGACGCUUCUAAUUGAACCAUUAUUUAUACAGCUGGGCCCCAUUGAGACCCAGGGUCUCAUUUUCAAGAGGGACCUAUAUGUGAAUAAAAUAAAAAAUGUAAUCAAAACUCCUGUCAAGAAAACAAGUAAUAUAUUUUGCUAAAUCCGAACACUCUUGUGUAUAGACUGUUAGAAUCCACACGAUGUAAAAUGAAAAAGUAGCUGAAGCACAAAUAAUUGUUUGCUGCAUGGGAAUCAGUUUAUUUUUAAUACUGUGUUGACCCACACUUUAAAAUCAGCUUUGUUUUCCAUGAAAUCAAUUGUAUUAAAAGAUACACUAGCAGAGAAUGAUCAUUUCCUCACUUCAGUGAAUGAAAAUAAAAAAGGAAAAGAUGAGAAUAUUGCAUAAUGUCAAGUGUGAGAAUGGAUUUUCCUAGUUACGACUUCAUGCCAGCCAAAUUUGUGUGCCUUUUUAUUUGUCAAUGCUUGCUGAAAGAAAACAUCAUGCAGAGGGCUUUUGAAUGUUCGAACAAGCAGGACAUCUGUUUACUGACAACGGAAUGAAUGUAUCACAAGUGCAAUCUGUGAAUAAAGUAAAUUUCUUCGAAUGCAAAUUUCAUGUGAUCAUCUGAAAUAUGGAAUUCAAUGCAUGGACACCAACAUCACUGACACUUCAAUAACAUCUGAAUGAAAAUGCUUCUGAUAUAACUACCAUCACAUAAUUUACAAUUGUGCCACUCAUCGUGGCAUAAAAAUACAAUAAGUAGUAAUGACUAAAAAUACCCUGAUAUCAGGAGUGGGUUCUUUUUCGCAAAAGAUGAUUGUGCGCGUCGUCGGUACAUUUUUAUACUCUUCACAAUACAAACAAGUCAAAACACUGUGCUGGAUCUAAAAGCAGAAUAUAAGACAUAUAAAAGCCUGCAUCAAUGGCUGGUACUUCUCUUUAAACCUGAUCAAAGCAACAUUUAGAUAAUUUCAAAAAGUUCAUACAUUCUACUCACUGAGGCAAAAAGUGACCGCCCACAUCGCAGCGACAGGCCACAGCGGGUCGCAGAUCAACUAUCUCAGCUAUCAUCUGUCUGAUGCAGAGCUUGUUAGCAACCUGGAGUGAGAUGACUGGUUGCCAUGGCUUCAUAUUGUCUGAGGUGUACAAAAAAAAGGAAAG